CAUUAUAUUGGUACUAUCAAAUAGUUUAUACAUCAUAAAUAUUUUACUUAAAUAACUUAACUUCUUCAAAUUUUUUUAAGUGGAAAAAUGAUUUUUAAAUAUGUCUCCAUUGAUAAUAAACAAUUAAAAGUUUAAAAAUAUUCUAAUACUAGAAAGAAACAAGCGGAGAGAUGCAUAUAAAAUCAGUCGUUAUAGAUGGUUUUAAAUCAUAUGGGAGACGUGUUGAGUUAAAUGAUUUUGAUCCAGAAUUCAAUGCUAUAACAGGUUUGAAUGGUUCUGGAAAGUCAAACAUUCUAGAUGCAAUAUGUUUUACUUUAGGAAUUUCCACAAUGAAUACUAUACGUGCUGCUUCUAUACAAGAUGUAAUCUAUAAAAGUGGUCAAGCUGGAAUUCAGUCUGCUUCUGUUAGUAUAAAAUUUGAUAAUCGUGAUAAAUCUAGAUCUGCUCCUCGAUAUGAACAUAAUGAUGAAAUUAUUAUUUCACGUGAAGUCGGUAUGGCUGGUACAAAAAAUUUAUAUAAAAUAAAUGGAAUUACUGUUCCAGCUAAAAAAGUGAUGGAUUUUUUUAAUUCCCUUCAAAUGAAUGUUAACAACCCUCAUUUUAUUAUAAUGCAAGGUAGAAUAACUAAAGUUUUAAAUAUGAAACCUGUUGAAAUUUUAUCUAUGGUUGAAGAAGCUGCUGGUACUAAUAUGUAUGAAUCUAAAAAAAGAAGUCUUGAAAUUACAGUUGGUAAAAAAGAUAGCAAGUUAAGAGAAAUGCGUGAUGUAGCUGAUGAAGAAAUUUUGCCAACCAUGGCAUCAGUUGAUAAGGAAAAACAAAUGUUGGAAGAAUUGAAUAUGGUCCAAGGUCAAUUAAGAGUACAAAAAGAGAAACUUGAUAAUUGGUCAUAUGUUCAAUUAGAAGUAAUUGUUAAGACUAAAAGUCAAGAACUAGAAGCUUUAGAAGAAAGAGAGAAACAAAAAAUUGACUGUAUAACAUCAUCAGAAGAACAGAUUAAAUUAAUGAAAAAUCAGUUAAAACUAAGUGAAGAAGCUAUGGAAAAAGAACGUGAUAGUAAAUUAUCACAAUUAAAGGCAGAUGUGGAUAAAACCGAAGAAGAAAAAAAUACUAUACAAUUAAAAGUAAAUGGUUCAAAAAAUAAUUUAAAAUCCGAACAAAAAAAAAUUAAAGAUAUGGAAAAGCAAAUAAAUAGUAGUAAAAAGGAAUUUGAGGCAAAGAAAAAAGAGAUGGAAGAAUUCAAUGAAAUGAAUGCAGGGCUAGAUGAAGAAAAUAAUAAAAAUACUAAAGACUUAGAUGAAAUUGAUCAAAAAAUCAGGUCAUUAAAUUCAGGUAAUAUUUUUGCUGAAGAAGACAAUGGCUCUGUUCAAGAAAAUUUGAAUAAAUUUAAUUUAGAAUUGCAAAAUCAACAAACAGAAAACCAACAGUGUAUUAUUAAAAUAGAUGGUUUAAAAAAAAAAUUAAAUGAGCACUUAUCGGGUAUGAAAGAAGCACAAAAAUUAUAUGAUAAACAAAUGGCACAAUUAACAGCUAAAGAAAAAGAGUAUGAGAAAAUUACUAAUGAAUUUUUGAAGGCUGAGAAAGAAUUAAGUAAUCAUAAUAAUAUAAAAACAAUCCGAGAUAACAUAUUUAGAGAAAUACGUGAUUUGAAUUCAAGAAAUGAAUCUUUUGAAUCCAACUAUCCAUAUCUGUUUUUUAAAUACAAUGAUCCACGGUCUAAUUUUGAUCGUCGUAAAGUACAUGGUCUUGUUUGUCGCUUAUUUAAACCAAUUGAUUUUAAAUUUGAAUUAGCACUUACAACAUUAGCAGGUGGUAAAUUACACUUUAUUGUUGUUGAAGAUGAUACUGUUGGUAAGGAUAUAUUAGAGACUAAUAAAUUUCAAAGCCGUAUGAAUUUUAUUCCUUUGAGUAAAAUUAAAUCUGAAUCAUUGCCUCCCAAUGUAAUACGAAUCGCUCAACAAAUUGGUGGUACUAAUAAUGUUUUCCCUGCUAUGUCUCUUAUUAAAUAUGAUAAUAAACAUGCAAAAGCUAUGCAAUGGAUAUUUGGUCAAGCCUUUAUUUGUACUUCAAAAGAAAUAGCUGAAAAAGUAUGCUUUGAUAAUAGAGUAAAUAGACAUUGUUUUACUCUGGAAGGUGAUCAUUUUAAUCCCUCUGGUAGUUUAACCGGAGGUGCUAACACUCAAAAACUUAUACUGCAAUUAUUAGCCACACAAGAUGAAGUUGUAUCACAACUGCAAAACAAGAAAUCUGAAAUUUCACAGUUGGACAAUAGACUCAAGGAAAUGGCUAAUUUGCCUUUUAAAGUAUCAGAAUUAAGGGACAAACAAUUGACUGUUCAUGAAGAAUUAGAAAAAAUAAAAUCAGAUGUACAUUUAGGGCAACCUCAUCAACAAGUCACUGAAGUAAAUGAUAUUAAACAGCAAUUAGCAGAUCUUGAAAAAAAACUAGCUGAAGGAAAAUUAAUAGAAAAAAAUCUGCUAGCUAAAAUUAAAGACUUGGAAGUUAAACUAAAAAAUGCUAAAAACAUACUGAAGCAACAACUUAAUGAUGCAGAAAAAACGCGUAAAAGUAUUCUUGCAAAAAUCAAAAAUGCAAAGGCUGAUUUUGACAAAAAGAAAAAUAAUUAUAAUAAAUUAGAAUUAGAAGUUAAAGAUUUAAUGAGUCAAAUGCAAGAUGAAGAAAAUCAGUUAUCAGAAUUAAAUUGUGAGGUGGAUAAAAUAAAUAAAGAACUCGAAGGUCAUUUAAAAGAUUUAGAAGAAUCUAACAAAACGUAUAAAGAAAUAUGUGAAAAUUAUGAAGCACAAAAAGAAAUAGUUCUUCGCAAAACUAAUGAAAUUGAGCAAACCAACAACAAUUAUAAACAAUUAAUGGCAGAUGUUGAAACAUAUAAAAUACAAUUGUUGGAAUUGGAAGGCGAGAAAAAAAAAAUGAUUCAAGUUUUAGAGGAUUUAAAGAAAAAAUUUGAUAUUCUUGAAAAUAGACUGUCGGAUGACCAAAAAUUAAUAGCCAAAAGAAUGGAUUACACUAAUUUCAAUUCAGGAGAAUGCAAGCAAUUAGUAGAAGAACUUCAAGCUAAGUUUGAUCAACUUUCAAAAGUAGUUGAUCCUGGCAAAUUAAAUAAUUUUCAUAAACAUAUCCAAGAAUAUAAUAGACUACUUGCUAAACUUGAUUUGAUUGUUAAAGAUAAAAAUAAAAUAAAUGAAAUAAUUGAAGAGCUUGAAGUUAAAAAACGACAAACAUUGGAACGUGCUGCUGAUCGUGUUAAUGAUGAGUUUGGUAAAAUAUUUAGCAGUGUAUUACCAGGUGCUCAAGCAUGUUUGAGACAAGUAAAUCCUGAUGAUAUAACUGCUGGUUUAGAAAUUCGUGUAGCUUUUAAUGGAUUGUGGAAAGAUAGUUUGGAAGAAUUGAGUGGAGGUCAAAGAUCUUUAGUUGCGUUGUCAUUAUUACUUGCAAUGUUAUUAUUUAACCCAGUACCUUUAUACAUUUUGGAUGAAGUAGAUGCUGCAUUAGAUUUAUCUCAUACUCAAAAUAUUGGUAAAAUGUUAAAACAACACUUUAAACAAUCUCAAUUUAUAGUAGUAUCUCUCAAGGAUGGUAUGUUCAGCAAUGCAAAUGUCUUAUUUCGAACUAAGUUUGUAGAUGGAUCAUCUACAGUUACCAGAACAACUAACAAACAAGCUUAAUUUUCGAUUUAUUGUAUAAGAUAUUUUAUUUUGAACUUUAAUUCACUUAGUAUAAUAUUUGUAAAUAUUUAUAUUUUAUAUUGUAAUCUAUUUUUAAAUUUAAACAUUAAGUUUAAUUUUAUUUUGUAAUUAAUAAUUAUUUUUUAAUUUUCUACA